UUCCUGGCUCUCUCCCCUCUGCGCUCAGAGCAACUUUGCUAGAAGGGCUCGGCUCUGAGGUGCUCCUUGGGGGGGUUUCCAGCCGCACUUUUGCACCUGGGCAACUAUUUGGGACCUACUUAGGAAACGGGGGCGGGAGAGAGGGCCGGGCCCCCUCCGCCUCUUGUCCUGGAGAGAGCAUCUUCUUCCCUUGUUUGCAAACCCGAAGUGCCCUAGCCCCCAUCCCUCCUCCCGGCCCGGGCGAGCCAGCAGGAGGAUUUGGCGUGCAUCCCUGGCCCAAGUGCACGGGCUGGCCCCCGCCUCCAGUGAGAAGCUAUUCUUGCUUGAGGCUUUGCAAAAGUUAGGAAGUACUGUGCUGGAACUCUUGGAAAUGGAUAUUCCUGGGCCUUAUGUCCAAAAGCUUAUCCCGAUGGAUGGCAAAUUAAAAGAGGCUGGAUGCAAAGAAGAAAGUGUAUUAAAGAUCACAUCUUUCUGGGAUCCAUGGGCCCUUUGAGAGAUGAUCAGAGGGAGGCCGGAUGAUCUACUGAACGCACACAAGAACCUUUCUCUUCCACAAAGGCAGCAUCGGAGAACUCCCCACACUCCAGCUCCAUCCAGUUUACCCACUCAUUACCGGGCCUUCCGCAGCUGUGAGUGGGAGGUAGUGGAGCGAUCGCUCAAUAUCCUGCAGGCCAGUGGCUUCUACUGGGGUCCCUUAUCUGUGAGUGAAGCACAUGCCAAGCUACAGCAGGAGCCGGUGGGAACCUAUCUGGUGCGGGACAGCUCUCAGGGGAACUGCCUCUUCAGUGUGAGUGUUCGGAUGCCAGCGGGCCCAGUCAGCCUCCGGAUCUCCUUCCGGGAGGGCUACUUCUGGCUGAAGGACUGGUUCUCGGACUGCGUAGUUAGGCUGCUGGAGAUGGUGGUAGCAGGAACCCAGGCCAACCCCAUCCACUGUGAUGAAAUGGGGGGAACCCCCCUGGUGUUCUCUGAACCCCUCUGCAGGAACCACAGGGUUGUGCCCAAGUUGUAGGAACUUUGCGUCAAAGCCUGGGAGCUUACAAUGGGACAAGGGAGGAAGGUCAGAGAUUGGAAGAGGUACAUGGGAGGGGCAGUUACUUUUCAGUGUGGAAAGGAACAAGGCAUAAUAUCACCUGGAAUCCACUGCCUAUACAGAGAGGGAGACAGCUGCAUACAUGUGGCAGGCAAAACUGAGCGAGUGUGACACGCUAACUGAAUGUGCCACUGCCGUUGGAUUGUACUUUUCCUUGGGGUAGGGGUGGGGGAUAGCUUAAACCUGCUGACUAUGGGAGCCAUGUCCUCCUGAGGUAAAGGUGUGUAGCUUCUCCCUGUGGCAGAGUAGAACUGCCCCAAUCCAGCACUUUUUAUUCCAGUUGUGAUGCAUAAGCUUCAGAAACAUGGGCAUUGCCUGUCCUCCCAGCACACCCCUGUUCUCCCUGUAUUCCAAAGUGCCUAAGCUAUUUCUUGCUGAAAAAUCUCUCCUCGUGGAAAGGUCCAGUUGAAUUUCCAAGACUUUGACAAGCUCCGAUUCAAUGUUAUCAGGAAUUGUACACUGAUACCAAAGCAACGUGUGUGUGUGUGUGUGUGUGUGUUGAGAGAGAGAAAGAUUUCACAACCAGCAGCCUUCACUUCCCUGCACCAUGGAAAUACAUAACAUGCCACUUCAGAAAUACAAGAAAUGACUGUCUAAUAUUUGCACUGUAGGAAACAGUUGCAGGCAUGUGUAAUAAUACAGUUCCACCAGCUUCUGCAUUGCUUGUAUUGGAAGCUGGACUGCAUAGCUUCAUUUUUUAUGGGCAGCUGGGCUUUACUGUAGUGGGAUAAUAUUAUAAUUCAGCCAACCAAGUCUUGGUUUGGAGAGUCCAUUCUGCUAUUGAUUGUAUCAGCGGAUGUGUCUAAAGCACCAUCAUGUACGGUCAUCUGGCAGUAUGCUGCUGCCCCCUGCAGAUCAUCACUAAAGGAACACCCUAAAAAGUUAGGUUUUUGUCUAAAAGGGACGGAGAAGUGCAUUAUAAAAGUUACUACUAAUAAAAAUGUUUUCAAAAUGUCUUUGAAAGGAGCUUUCAAAAAAAGUAAUAAUUCUCCUGCAGUGCUGGAAAACCAAACAAACUAGCUUUGGGCCAGUACAUGAAAAUCAAAGGUUCACUGGCCAUGCUGAGUGAAGUGAAAAACGAAAAAAGGAUUAGUUAGGAACAGUAAAUUUCACUUCUUUGUUUUUUUUCAGUGUAUUAAUCUAAAAAUAUAGGUACCACAAGGAGGACACUGUCUCAAUAUAUAAGGUCUAGAUUUUAAAUAUUGUAUUUGUAUGGCAUUGAAUAGUAUGCUAGGUGCCUCAAAGAACAGCUAGUUCUACAAGGCCCUGAUGCAAAGAAUACACAUUAUAGAUGUCACAGCUGGUGAGGGUGGGAAUGGACAUGGGGAUUAGACAGAAUUAUGAAAACAAGGUCCUAUAAAGAUUGGGUUCAUCUGAGUGACAUCAGCAUUUAAGCAGUGUCCCUAAAAAUGUACCUAUGAAAACAGAUGCUUCUGUGCACAGAUGGCAUUGUGAGUGUGUAACUUCAGAGCAAAUGUUUGAAAAUUUGGUCCAUAACUUGUAUCGGAACAGUUUCCUUUUAAAAGAGAAACCAACUUAAAUUGCCUCAUCAGCACGGGUACAAAGUUCAAUAACCAAGUCUGUGCAGACAAGUAGACUGUAUGUUCUUGGUACCUUUUGAGGCACAUCUCUUUUCUUUUUAAUGUCUCAGGCAGCGGAGAGGCAAGGUGUUCCUCUGAUUAAUAGCUUGCCAUUUUUUUUUCUGGCACUAGCUCUAAAUGGCGAGAGUCCUGGGCUGCUGCCCACUUCGAAGUGAAAAGAAGAAAUAGGCCUUGCCCCAGGCCCUACAAGGAUUUUUUUUAAAGAAACUUAUUCAAUGAAAUUGGCAUGACAAGCUCCUCAACAGCACAACCAAAGUUCUCCGUCAUACCGCCUAGGUGGGACUGACGGCAAAGUAGAUGGAGAGGCAGGUGGGUCAACAGGAGGCAGUCAGUGACAGCAAGGUGCCACAGGACUCUCUGCUGCUUUUUACAGAUCCAGACUAACACGGCUACCCCUCUGAUACUUGUGCUAUUUUGAACUUCAUCAGUGUCCCCAGCCUGUAGGCGAAGCCUCAGACACUCUUUAUUUCUGUGCAUUGCUGCAGAACCACUGCCUCUGAGCUCCUUCCUCAACCAUGAAUGCCACCUGCCUGCUCUGCCCUGUGCUGUGCAUUCCCUUACUCUUCCCAUCUCUGGAAGACAGGUGGGACAUAGUCCUCUCUACCUACGUGGCAUUUCACUCCCCCUCCUUUGCCCCACUGCAAAUGCAACACCUGAAGUAUGCUCGCUACCUUCCUCUAUUUACUCCAUGCACUAGCAAAAGGAACUGACUUAUUUCUUCAAAGUUCACAGCUGUGCUCAGGAAUGGCUCUGUUUUACGAUGGUUGUGUAACACAGAGGGAAGAGCCAUCUCAUUCCAUUGCUUUGACCCAGCUGUGAACUGUUCUUAUCUGAUUAUUUGGCCUAAAAAUAAGCACCUUGGGUUGUAUAGCUAACAGCUCUUGAAUCAUUCCAUUGUUAAUGGUCACGAUUGCUCUAUUUGAAAAUUACAUUAAGGAUAAAUAAAAUACUCUAGCUCCUAAUAGGGGGAUCUUUUAGUUAGUUUUAAUGUUCGUGCUUUAUAAGUAAACCACACAGCACAUGCUUAACACCCUCUAUUAUAAAUAGCUUAAUUAGUGCACACCCCAUAGGAAAUUGGUUUGAGCUCUAUGAUUGACAACUAAUAUAUAAGUGCUAAGUAUUGUUUUAUUAAUUUCUAAAACAAGGAUGAUAUGCACAUUUGUCCCAAUUAAUACAAAGACAAAGGUCUCUCAGAACACAGGGUGGGACGAAGAAACCAAUUUUGGGAGAACUAUGGUGUGGAAAAGUAUUGUGGCAAUUUGGAUGUAAAGGGUUUUGGAGAUGGUGCUUUCCCUCCCCCCCACCUACCCAGGACUAUGGAAAAACUUUUUAAAACGUCUGGAAAAAUAUGGACUAAGUAAGUAAAACCAUAAUUGUUUGCUUGUGGGAGUGUUUAAAUGUGUGUCUCUCUCUCUGUAAAAUAUGUUCUGUUAAGAAGGAUUUUGCUGCUGACACUCAGUGGGAGAUAUUUCUGUAAGACACCUUGAAUGUAGAUUUGUCCAUCCCCACCCCAAGAAGGAGAAAACAUCUCCUGACAUGUACCCUAGUGCCUCUUUGGAUGUCUGCAGGUCUGUAAUUUCUUUAUAGUAUUCUCGUUAUCUACUGCCCUCAAAACCCUGUUCAGGGAAUAGGAAAACGAGGUUGGUUCAGGUCUCUGACUGGCACACCUCGGUUUGCUGAGGAAAUUAUACAAGCGCACAUAUGGAUUUUUAAUGUAUUCUUGCUAAUGGUAAAAGUUAAAAGUUGAUUGGACUCAUAAGAGGUUCUGUAUAUCAAGCCUUAAAGUGCUCGAGUUUUAAUCCCAACAAGCAACAAGUGCAGCAUAAGAAACUGGAAGUUCCUAACAGAUGGGAUUACUAACCUGACUCUCACCAGCUCUCUUCAUAAUGCUCUUGUGUCUUAACCAGUCAUGUUGUAUUUUUCCCAGAGUCCUUGGCUGAAAUUUGUUAGUUGCUUCUCAGUGUGCACAUGUGCCGCAGGGGGCCCCCAGCCAAUGGCUUUUAUGUUAUCACUACCUCUGAGAAAAGGGUCUGUGUUCAUUAUGAACCUGCCUCACCAGAUCAAACUCCACCUAGAAACAUGGAGUGUGCACAAACCCCCACAUCUCAUAUAUUGCAUAGCAUUAGGGCAUGAUGAAUGUUUGGAUUCCUGAAUGGCCCCCCUACUUUAUCAGAAUUCCAAAUAUAAUUUUCCCUAUACAUGCAAUAAUGUCUCAGAUUUGACCUCUGAUGAUGUUACCAAAACUGUAUGUUUGCAUCAGUAUUGCCUUGUAAUUUGCUAGAAUUGAUAAUUUACCAGGAUAAACUCAGGUACUAGACUGUACUGACUUCUUCAGUUUAGUUUAGUUUACACCAGAUAUACCAAUUCCUUGGAUGUAUAACCCCAUUAGUGUUGUAUAUUUGUAUAUGUAGACUGAUGGAAUCUUCUGGUUGUAUCAUGUAAUUGCCUUACAGGAAAAGGGGACAGAUUAGGGAGGAUGUGGAAAGGAGAGAAUAGGUGUCCUAAAGAAAGACAAAAAAGGGAGCUGAGAGAGCCAUUCUGACUCACGAUUCCUUUCUGGAGAGUUGUCUGAGCUUUUGGGCCACUACACCUAGUAGCACUAUUGUCAGAAAAAUCUAAUUUUGAUUCAAGCUAAAUAGUUUAGUUCCAAAUGUGACUUCCCUUGAAUUUGUUCAGAUGGGAAGGAACUGGAUGGCACAAAAGAAUUGCAGAUGUGACUCCUAGCCCUUUACCUCUGUCACUGAAUUGAUUCCAGCUCCAGGUCCGUAGUGACCAAAAGUUGUCACCAUCUGCUUUUCUGAACUGAGAUGUGGGGGUUUCGGUCUAGUUCCUAGUAGACAAGCAUGGACAUAGGCUGGGGAAAAAUCAUAUUGCCUGGGACAGACAGAGUCAAGCUUCCUAUCUGUUAGACCAGGACAACAAGGGAGGCUGGUGGCAGGCUGAGUAACUUGAGGAGCAGCAGCUUUGAUCUGUGGCAGUCAGAGGGGAGAAGAAUGGUCCUAAUUCAUGUCAGCCACAGUAAAGCUAGACGGCUUUACAAAAGUGUGGAGGAGAAGGAGAAUGCCUUGUUAGUGGUUUGCUCUCAACAUGCACUAAUGCAUGAGAUCCAGAAUAAAUGACAGCACAUGCAUGUUUUAACAAAGCUUUUAACUGCCUGCUUUUCAGGAUAUUGUUCUUGGUGGCAAUACUUUAGAUUUUGGCUUGAUCCAGAUCUCAUUGAAAUCAAUGGAAGGACUAUCACUGAUUUCAAUGAUCUUUGGAUCAGGCCCACUUCACAAUAAGACAGUGGUGGUAGAAAGUGGGUUUUCCAUCAUACAUUUAAUCAAAACAAGACCACACUCGCACUGUUAUGAAUAACAAAUUGCACUUGUGGAAUUGAUGGAUUUAUACAUGAAUAGGUCUCAUGUAGAUGCUUUCCAAUCCCCUCAGGCUAUUCUCUUCUGGCUUUAAGGGUGGGAGAGGACCAGGAGCAAAACAUGGACAUGGUAACAUUUUCAGAAAUGCCCAAGUGACUUAGGCUCCGAAGUCCAUUGGGAUGUGUCUUUCCCAAGGAAAAUGUAGGCUCUAAAAACUAGAGAAUAGAAGUGGGAAACCUGGGCAUAAUAUCCAAAACAGAACAAGUGCAAUACAGAGAAAAGCCUUUAGCCAAUCACAGCAGGACCAGUAUUUCAGCAUAACUUACUCAAGGGAACAAGUCCACAACUUGGAAACUGGACAACCCCAUUUUCUACCAGCUUUUGAAAUCUUAUCUGCCUGUGGCCAAGUGAACAGAAUUUUUUCCCCAGCCUAUGUACACAUCAGGCAACUCAUAAUCACAGAUGGCAGUUAACGACCCCACUCCUGAUAGUCCAGUAGAGAGGCCAAGGAUUGAAUGGGCCACUGAAACUUAGCUUCCCUAGAGGUGGCCCUUAACAUCAAUGCUGAGGCAUGGUGAUGCAGGAGUACAGUGUGCGGGAUGGGGGAGGGGUUAGAACAGCUACUGGUUGAGCUAUACCUGGUUGGGCAUAGAGAAGACUCCUGCACCAAUUCACUUAAAAGAUAAGACCACUCUCUCUAUCUCUUGUAUGGAUUAAAUCUGAAAGGACACUUUCCUAUGAUGUAAGCUAAUGAAUGUGAUGUUAUGAACUCUGGGCUGAAAACAGUUCAGUUUGU